AUGGAGUCAGAGGGAGGACAGAAUGAGCGGACAAGCACGACCGAGUCCACGCCGUCUUGCAGUGCCGUCACAGUCAAUGAUAGUUGUUCCAAUGAGACGACGAAUACACUGGAGACCGACAAAGCAAUGAAUGAGGUGACAAGCAAGAUCGAGGACACGGCAUCAUGGAGUGAUUCCACAAUCAGAGUUAUUGUCACCGUCGGAUUCGCUUUAGCUAGGGUACUCACAGAGUUUACUCUCUCCAUUCGAGAGGAGUACUUAAGGAAUAUCAGGAGCUUAGCAGAAAUGGGGCACGACAGUGGACUUUGUAGUGACCUGGACAACGCUCGACUGGAUCUAAGCAUUCGCCGAGAAUCGCUCGCAACGCCUACUGUAGGUCAACAGCUGCAACAUGAUGCUCAACGUCAAGUGCCUCAAGCUGCAAUCCAGGCCAAUACCUUCGACUCAAACACAAACCCCCUAAUGCAAUCCCCGCGGCAGCAGCAGGUUCACCUUGGGGAACCGCCGCUAGCUCACGUCCAUGACGCAAAAACGCAACCCAUGGAAAUAUCUGCGGCUAACGGCUCUGUGGACACUUCGGUAAAACGUGAGAGAAGCAAGGAGGCGAGAGGUGUUUUC